AUGUGGCUGUAUGGUAUCCCUGGAGCUGGCAAGACCAUCUUAUCGUCCCUUGUAAUUGAGGAGGUGUUUUCCCUGCAGGAUAAUGGAGUGGCUUUCUAUUAUUGCGAUUAUAAGAAUGCUGCUAGCCAAGAGCCCACAAAUAUCCUUGGCUCCUUAGUGAGACAACUGGCGUUGCAGGAGGCUCUCGUUCUUACCAAAGUCAAAGAUUUCUACAAUUCACAUCAUCCAGCAGGAAGACCAUCUAGUCGUCCAACGGAGCAAGAUCUUGGAGUCUUACUACUGGACAUUUCCAAUUCAUUUGCAGAAGUCACGAUCAUUUUAGAUGGACUUGAUGAAUGCGGCUCCAGCCCAGGAAUUGAGAGAUCUGAACUCGUUCGCAUCUUGUCUACCCUUCACGACGGGCAUGCUGGAUCCAUCCGAAUAGCUAUUGCGAGCCGCCAAGAACGCGAUAUUGAGGAGUGCUUCGUUGCAUGCGAAGUUGAACGGCGUGCAAAGACCGGGAGGCUGAGGAUUCGAGACAGCGCUCUGAAGGGAGAUAUUAUUCAGGCCUUAAUAAACGGCGCUGAUGGCAUGUUUCAGUGGGUCAAAUGCCAACUGGACUCUCUUCGUGGUCUGCCAAAUGAUGCUGAAAUUCGCAAGGCCCUCAAAGAGCUUCCGCCCGAUCUCCCAGCAACCUAUAACACCUUGGAGCUAUCGCACUUCACCGUAAAGGAGUUUCUGUUAUCUUCAGAAGCUUCGGUAGAAAGCCCCAUUGUUCGGAAAUAUCUGGUACAGGAGUCGACGGACCUUACUUACCUGGCUAAAACCUGCCUAGCAUAUCUGGGUCUAGACGACUUUUGCCUAGUCGUGGAUGUCGACAAUGUCUCUGAAUCAGAGCGAUUUCAUGACAAUUUUCCUUUCUACAAUUGUGCUGCGUCUCUAUUUUUCGACUACCUCAACAUUCCUCAAUUAGAGGCCCAGGCGGAACUUCAGUUGCGUCGUUUCUUCACACCACAAGCCAACGAAAAGUUUUUCCUCUGGAGACAACAUUUUGUGCCCGAUUCUUUCGGAAUUGCGGAAAUGGACAUCGAAUGGAAUCCUGGUUCCGAGGUGAACCUAACUCCUCUCCAUUUGGCAUGUGAGUUGUUGCUCAAAAACACAACGGAAAGGUUGCUUUCCGAAGGCGCAGAUCCGAAUGCAAGGUGUAGAUACUUUGGUACCCCACUCACUCGACUCCUUCUCUCGGGCGAGGGUGGUUCAAGCUAUGUCCCAACAAAUCUAUGGUACGCCCUAUCACUUCAAUUCGCAGGUGCAGAGGGCGGAAGGGAAGAAUAUGAAGUACAAAUAUACGAUAUUUUGUUAUCCAAAGGCGCAGAUUGCGCACUGGAGUUGAAUGCUCUCUGGCCGCGAGAUUCCAAGUUUCUUGCAAUUAUGGAGGAGGUUUUCUCCAAACGUCAGAGGUGCGGGGAUGCUGAAACCGGAAUUAAGAAUCGGAACAAUAUUCCAGACCAGCAACUUACGCUUGCCUGCCAAAUUGGAAACGAGGCAGCCGUUGUACGAUUUCUUGCCGAAGGCGCCAGUGUUGAUGCUUUCAACUCAGGAAAUAAGUCAGCUCUGUAUCUUGCGUUGAAAGGAGGAUAUUGGUCCAUCGCUUUCAUACUUCUGGAGGCAGGAUCUGACUCGAGUACAGAACUUUCACCUUGGCAGAUGGUAAUGUGGCUAAAUGGGGAUGAGUACUCCGAAGGUGUAGACGCCUUGGCCUUCUUCGAGCAGCUGGUGGGAGAUAACCACAUCGACAUAUUUCGUCGAGAAGCACCCAAAAUACUUCAUUUUGCAUAUGAGAACGCCAGAUCGGACAUUAUUGCAUUAAUUCUUGGACACAAUGUCGACGUCAACGUACUAGUUGACGGAUCAUGUCCUAUUCACGCCUUACUAAAUGAAAAAAACUGGGCAAACUGGGCAACAGAAGAUGACCUCACGCUCUUACUAGAGCAUGGAGCUAAUGUUAAUCUUCAAGAUAGCGAAAGACGCACGCCUCUUCAUCUUGCUGCCCAGUGGGGAAGCUCGGCGGGUCGGACCCUCGUUAGACGUCUUUUAGAUCAAGGAGCGAACAGGGACGAAAUAGACGUGGACCGCUGGACACCACUUCAUUUUGCUUGUCGCAGGGGCGACCUAGGCACUGUCGAGUGCCUACUGGAACAUAAGCAAGAAGAAUCUUUUCAUCUUGGGGAUCAAGCGAACGAACCUUCAAUCAAUGACGUCGAUGUAAUGGUUGGCAGUAUAAACUCAGCCACUGCUGGACUAGAUACGCCCUUGUCGCUCGCUCUUAUGGGCCUCAAAAAACCAGACCCGGACUUGAUUGCAUUGCUUCUUUCUUAUGGAGCAUCAAUGAAUUCAAUUCUUUCCUCGGGACGUACACUGUUUGACGACUUCUUUUCAAAAACAGACUUAUCAAUGCAUCACAUUGGAGCUGCUAGUGUUCUGCUCCGAAAUUCUAAUGCUGGAACCUUGAAGACUUUUGGUCACGGAAUCUUAGCCAGUUUUGCUCGCAAUGGACAAUUCGAGAUCGCGAGGUGCUUCUUAGCUGCAGCUGAAGCACUUGGUGUCGAGCUUGAGCUUGACUCCAGUGUUCACGAUGCCGCGGGCUGCCAGUUCAUCGAUACGGAGGCGUCUUCUGGACUCACGCCUUUACAAACUGCCUUGAGAAACCGCCACCUUUCAAUCGUGUCUUUACUCCUCAACAGUGGUGCAUCCUUAGAGGUGCAGGACCAGUUGGGACUCACUCCGUUAUGCAUUGCAGUGGAUAUAGAUUCACCUGAGGCGGUCGGGAUAAUUCUUUCUCAUCUCAAUCUGCGUCCAAGACUCACAUUGGAUAACCCGUGUAUGAAUGGACUUUCUGCUCUUCAUUUAGCCGUGAAGCGUGGAAAUCUGACCAUUGUUCGGAUAUUUGUGGGCAGUUGGGCAGAAUUUAAUACCUCUGUGGACGAAGGCGAUGCACUACUUCAGUCUACCCAUAAGAGUGGAAAUUCCUCUAUCGUUAAACUGCUGACGGAGAGUGGCAUCGUCCGGAUUCCAGAUGUUUCCGCGAGCUCGAUGCCAAACAUCGCUAUGGAUAACCAUGCUGAACAAACUCUACCACCACUACUGGAUGCGGUGGGAUCAAGUCAAAGUUUUCGAUUCUCUGGGAUUGACUCAGAUAACAUUGCAUUCAAUAUCGAGCGUCAAAGCUCGUUAGGGAGAUCGCGUCCUCGCUCUCGAAUAGGAAGAUUCCCCGCUCUCCCCCAAAGGCACAACGGCUAUAAACCUAAACCACAGAGCCAGGCCCAAACUAUGUUGGAGAUCUUGGAUCCCUCGCUGCAAGGUCCGCCUGGUUCUAUAUGGCCACAAAAUGGGCUCUUCGGAGCUUCUUCCCCGGUGGACGCAAGAGACACCUUGGUCCUCGAAGCGAGCAUAGACGGUCGAGAACACUCAAAUUACAUCAAUGAAAGAAUUGGGCUAACUCCACUGCACGUCGCUGCGAUCACGGACUCAGCCCAUAGCCUGGGCAAAAUGAUUGAUAAAGACAGUGGACAGCUCCAUGUUCAAACAAAGGAUGGACGAAAUGCCCUCCAUCUCUCCCUCGCAGCUCGCUCUACGAAUGUAUCAAAGCUAUUGAUUGAGAGGGGCGUAAACGGUUGGGUCAAAAGCCUACUCCACGGCCGUCCCCUCCAUGUCGCUUCCGCGGUCGGCGAUGGAGAAUCUGUUAGAAUGCUGUUAUCAAAUAGGCUGACAACAGACACGGCAAUAGAUAUAACGUCCCUCAUCAACGAGCCGAGUGACUUUUUCGGUACACCGCUUUACGCGGCUGCUUAUGGUGGUCAUUUGGGCAUUGUAGCGCAGUUACUUUCUUCAGAAGCAAAUGUUGAUGGAGUAGGCCUGGGAAGUAUUCUCGGCACUCCUUUGCUGGUUGCUAGCUCUCAGGGACAUGUAGAUGUGGUAGAGUUUCUCUUAGCCCAUGGAGCUAAUAAGAAUGCAUUUAACAGAAAGUUCGAGAGCGCGAUAGACGUAGCUACGGCGUUUCAGCAACCGGAGGUUGUACGGAUUUUAGAAUAG